AUGGAGCGGAGCGGCAGCACCGGGAUGAGCGGGACCAGCGGGAUGAGCGGGACCAGCGGGACCAGCGGGAUCACCGGGAUCACCGGGAGCGGGCGGGCAGCGCCGCCUGGCGGCGGGAGGCGGGCACUGCUGCCCGCGCUGUGCCUGCUCCUGGCGCUGGCACCGCUGUCCCCGGGCCGGGCACUGCCCACCCCAAACCUGGCACUGCCCGCCCCAAACCUGGCACUGCCCGCCCCAAACCUGGCACUGCCCGCCCCCCAGGCCCUGAACCGCUCCAGGGAGCUGCUGCAGGCCGCCCACGCCUCCCUCCGAAGGCUGAAGGAACUCAACACCCUGGGAUUUGAAUGCACCCUCGAAGAGGUGGAUCUUGAAGAUAUCACUAAGAACCAAAGAAACACAAUAAAAGCUUGCACAGCUGAAGAUCCAGGGACUGGGAACUGUCCAGCAUUGGAAAGAUCAACUUUUGAUAAGAGUAAAUGCCUGCAGGGCAUCUACGAGGAUCUGAGAGCCUACAGGAGAGAGCUCAACAACUUACCCGACCACCAAGUGCUGGCAAGUCUGGAUGAGAUGAUGAAAGCGCUGAACGGCGGCUGGGACGGCCCGGAGCGCGCGGCGGGAGCAGCUCCGGAGUCGUUCCGGGAGGCUCUGCGGCUGUGCCGGGUCCUGCAGGCUCUCCACGUCCGCUCCAUCACCAUCUCCAGGAUGAUCAACUUCCUCAGCUCCCUGUGAGCAC